AUGUUUAGAAAAUCUUAUCUUCUUCUUCCCCUCGUUCUUUUGUUCUUCUAUCCUGCUUCCUCUAGCAAUCAACAUUCCAAGGUUUUCAUAGUGUACUUAGGCGAUCACAGUGGAAGAUUAACAGCCGAGCAAAUUCAGAACCAUCACCACUCUCUCCUUCUCUCAAUCAAAGAAAGUGAUGAAUCUGCAAGAGAAUCUCUUCUUUAUAGCUAUAAGAACAGCAUAAAUGGCUUCGCAGCAACUCUUUCACAGCAUGAGGCGGCUAAGAUAUCAGAGAUGGAGGGGGUGGUUUCAGUGUUCCCAAGUGAGGGGAAAUCAUCUCUUCAUACAACUAGAUCUUGGGAUUUCAUAGAGACCUUAGAGGGCUUGAUCAAUGGUUAUAACAAGGAUUUCAUUGCAGAGAACGCAAGCUAUGGGGAUGAUAUUAUUAUUGGAAUGCUGGAUUCUGGUAUAUGGCCAGAAUCGAAGAGCUUCAGCGACGAAGGAAUGGGACCUGUAAGCAAGCGUUGGAAGGGAGUUUGUGAAGAAGGAGAAGCUUUCAAUUCCUCAAACUGCAACAGUUAUCUCGCCGCCAUCGACGACGCCGUCGCGGACGGCGUCGACAUUCUCAGCAUCUCCAUAGGAGCCAACGGAAAGCCGCCGGACUAUGCGGUGGACGCCAUUGCGUUAGGAACGCUGCACGCGGUGAAGAGAGGGGUGGUGGCAGUUUGUAGCGCUGGAAAUUCCGGUCCGGCGGCGGCGACGGUGGUGAAUUUGGCGCCGUGGGUGAUUACGGUGGCGGCGAGCAGUAUUGACCGGGAGUUCGACGCGCCGGUUGUGCUCGGGAGUGGAGUGGCCAUUAUGGGUCAAACCGUAACGCCGUACAAUCAAAAGAGAAGGAAGCCGUAUUCAUUAGUUUACGCUGGAGACGCUGAGGUUCCUAAUACGCCAUUAAACGCCUCUGGACAAUGCCUGCCGAAUUCUCUCUCGACAGAGAAAGUAAAGGGGAAGGCUGUGCUGUGCCUGAGAGGUGCCGGAUUGAGGGUGGCAAAGGGAAUGGAGGUGAAGAGAGCCGGCGGGGCGGCGAUGAUUCUCGGCAACGGCGAGGCCAACGGCGACGAGAUUCCGGUGGACGCUCACGUGCUUCCGGCGUCGGCGGUUUCCUCGCGGCACGCGAUUCAGAUCCUCAAGUACAUCGACUCUGAUGUGAAACCGACGGUGCUGAUUGGAAGGUCGAGAACGGUGGUCGGAAUUAGUGGUGCGCCGGCGAUGGCGGCCUUUUCGUCGAGAGGGCCUAAUAGAUUGGAACCCAAUCUCCUUAAGCCGGACAUUACAGCACCAGGGUUGAACAUACUCGCCGCAUGGAGCGAGGCCUCAUCUCCCACAAAAUUGGAAGAUGAUCAUCGCAUUGUCAAAUAUAACCUCAUGUCCGGGACAUCCAUGGCUUGCCCCCACGUCUCAGCCACAGCUGCCCUCCUAAAAUCAGCGCAUCCUCUAUGGACCUCAGCUGCCAUCCGAUCAGCCAUUAUGACAACCGCAAGUGCGAGCGAUGCGGAAGGCGAAUCCAUGGUGGAUGAUGCUGGAGGGUUGGCUGAGGCCAUGGCAUUUGGAACAGGCCAUCUCCGGAGCAGCCAUGCAUCAAGGCCAGGGCUGAUAUAUGAAGCCUCCUAUGCUGACUAUCUGCUCUUUAUAUGUGCCAGUGCUAACGUGCAAAUUGACCCGUCAGUUCCUUGCCCGCAAAGUCCAUUAUCACCGUCUGAUCUCAACCAUCCAUCGGUCUCGGUAACGAUCUCAUCAAACGGCAGCAGUAACGGUGUUACCACCAGGCGAGUUGUCACUAAUGUGGGCCUAGGCCCAGCUCGAUAUGAGGUUAGCGUGGUGGACCCGUUGGGUUUCUCGGUGAAAGUCCGGCCCAAAAUCCUACGGUUCAAAAUACCGGGGGAGAAAAAGAGUUUUCAGGUAACGGUCAGGGCCGCCAAAUCAAUGAUGGAUGUUGGCCACGUGUCAGCUGUAUCUGGUUCAUUUACAUGGUUAGAUGGGCUCCACCACAAUGUAAGGAGCCCGAUUAUCGUGAAUAUAGCUUAG